ACCACCUGAUGGAUCUCAGGGCCUUUGGAAAGGGCUACCGGGAAGUUUACAGACUGACUGGCACAAUAAAUCACUCUGACUGUCUGAAAUCAGAAGGAUAAUCGAGAGACCAGUGGUAAAACUACCGGAGCUGAUUGGCGGCAGGCAACACACGCUCUCCCUGUAAUGUUGCCGCCGCGAGCGCUCUGUUCCAGUUAUCUGCCCUUGCUCUAGACCACACAGCUGCUGUACUUACCGAAGCAUCACCAAUCCCCAAGUGCUGACUGCGCAGGGGAGGAGAGGCCAGAGAGAGAGAGAGAUAAGAGCAUCCAUCCAUCCUCUCGUCCCUUUAUCAACGGUAACACCCCAUUCCCUCGGUCCUCCUGACACUCCCUUCUCACAUCGCUUAAGGCUCUGCAAGGCUCGAGGAAGGCAGCUAGCGUUUUCGGUGUGUGUAGCAGCUACCAGGAGGCGCAAGGCAGAAUGCGCGAUGGGGCAAGCGUGUGGACACGCGCUCCUCUGCCGUAGCCAGCAGCACCAGUCCGCUGCUUCCGAUAUACGCGGUCAACAAGUAUUCCUGAGGCCAGACGAGACCGCAGCUCUAACCCUGACUGACCGACUACAGUGAUGAUGCGUGCGGUUUGCCGGGCGGAGGGCAGCGCUAGGCAGCGGCUGAGGGAGGAGGAUGCUUUACUGCGGCUGGCAGCAGUUGUUGACGUGCGCUCACUCCGAGAUGCUCUCAGAGAGACCGCACAGGGGCUACUGCCCAGCGUGGAGUGUGUUUGUGUGUACGUGCUGGAGAGAGACUCGAGGCUGCAGUGUGACGACCCAAGCCAUGAGCUGCCAAAGGAGGGGAAGAUCAGGUAUGAAACCCUCUGUGUGUGAGUCCCUGGGCUCUUGAGUGGCACUGCAUCUCAGUGCUAG